AUGCUGGUCAUCUGUCGGGUGCAGCGGCAGCUGCAGCGACAGCAGCAACAGCAGCGUUGGCGGUGGCGGCGGGGGCGUCUGGUUGCCGCUACCGCAGCAGGUGCAGCAGACGACGAAGGCUCGGAGACUUCGCUAGCCUCUGACUUCAUGUCUUUCAUCAACCAGGCGGGCGUGGAUGCGCCCAUGCCGCCCAGCCGCCCCACGCACCUCAUGUCUCCAACAACAUGUAUAGCUGUGCAGAUGAACGCGUUGCAGCGGAACGACUAUCCUGAGAAGGACGCCGGCGUGCGCACCGCCUUCCUGUUCACGAAGCCAGAAGGCGCCGAGGAUGUGAUCGCCGCGCCGGCGGUCCCGCAGCGGGUGCGCAGCUGGGCAGCGCGUGAGGAGUGGCUUGCCUUUGCCGACUUCUCCAACCAGCUGCACUCGCCGCCCUUUGGCGUGCUGCUCCAUUGCGAUGCAUGGCAGCCCAUCUCGCAGCUGGUGUUCCCAUCCAAGCGGCACAUGAACAAGGCUGUGUGCGCCGUGGAGGUGACGAGCGCGACGCAGCAGCGGCAGGCAUUCACCUUUUGUUUAGAGAAGGUGGAGCAGGGUCCCUGGAAGAAUGUGUGGCUGACGGCUGAGGGCCCGCUGCAGGGCCUUGCAGAGCUCUUUGGGGCUACAGGAGAUGACCCUGGACACUGGAACUUAAGCCCCGAGUGGUGGGGCAACCUGGAUGGCGGGUGGGGCCGGGAUGCAGGGGUCGUUGUGUUUGCUGCUGACAGCGAGUGCGGCAAUGGGCACGUCACCGUCACUGCCCAUCCCGCUUCAGCUACCGGGCAGGCGGCGGCCGCCAGCCAGGGCGGGUGGGAAGAAUGGCGCGUGCUGCGGUUCAACGGCGUCACACGGCAGUCGGUGGCUCGGGUGUGGGUGCAGCCAGCAGCCGGAUCAGGCGCAGUAGCAAGGAACGGCAUGCAGCGGCAGCAGCCACACAUUGAAGCGCAGGCCGCCUGUCUGGCUCAGGAGUAUCUGAAGACAGCCGCUUCAGUGGUGGCAGCCCUGCUGGGAUUGCAGGGGCUGCUGGAGCCUCACCAACCCGCACAUAGCAGCGGCGGCAAUGGCAGCGGUGCCAAUGGCAAGGCACACCGCCUGCGUGCGCUGUGCAUCGGCGUGGGCGGCGGCAGCCUGCCGCUCUUCCUGUCGCACCACUUCCCGCGCAUGGACGUGGAUGCAGUGGAGCUGGACCCAGCUGUGGUGGCGGCAGCCACCCGGGCCAUGGGCCUCCCCGCCGCCCUGCCCAGCCUGAGGCUGCACACCGCCGAUGCGGCGGCGUUCCUGCGCGAGCGCUGCGGGGGGCAUCAGGGGCAGGCCCAGCCUCCAUACGACCUCGUGUUCAUGGAUGCUUACGACGGAUCAGACGACGUGCCCGCCACGCUGUGCACGCCAGGCGCGUCUUUUGCGCGGCUGGUUGCAUCCGCGCUGCACCCCAGCCACGGCUGCUUCCUGGUCAACCUGCACAGCAUGGAGGACAGGGCCACAGUCACGGCAUUCAAGGCGCACGUGCUGGGCACAGGCAGCGGCAGCUGCUUCGCAGUGGGCACGCAGCGGCAGGACAAUGUGUGCGUGGCGGUGGCGCGCGGCCUGCGGCUGCCGGCGAGCGCACGGGAGGAGCUCCGGCGGGCGGCGGCUGCGGUUGCGGGCGACGCUGGCUUCCUCUUUCCUGCUGGCAGCCGUGCCUGCAAGGACUAUCAGCCACUGUGA